AUGGGCCUGUACACAGCAGCUUUCCUCCUGGGAGCCUUGAUCUCCACUGUUGGUGGCAAUGAUGUGGAAGGCUACUCCAAAACUGAAGGUGCAUGGAUUAUCUCACUGAAUAAACGAGCGUAUUCAGUUAACACUGUGGCUGAGUGUGCCACCAAAUGUGACACCGAAACAUCUUUCACAUGCAAGUCUUUUGUCUAUAAUGAAAAGGACCAAGAGUGUUUGACAACAGCAGCAAACUCUAAAACAGACAGUGUCUUUCGCAGAAGCAGCACAGCUUUAUAUGAAAAAAAUGCAUAUCUUCUGGAGUGUGUAAAUGGAAUAGGAAGAGAUUACAGAGGAACAAAGUCCAGAACAAACUCAGGAAAGAUCUGUCAAAGAUGGGACUCAAACUACCCACACAGGCCAAAUUUCAUGCCGCAGAGCAACCCACUAGCAGAUCUGGACUCCAAUUUCUGCAGAAACCCUGAUGGGGACAGCAAUGGACCGUGGUGUUACACUACUGAUGCUAACACCCGCUGGGAGCACUGCAACGUACCCAGCUGCUCUGAGGAAUGUAUGGUCUGCAAUGGUGAGAAUUACAGAGGAAAAAUCUCCACCACUGAAAAUGGCUUCACCUGCCAACGCUGGGACUCCCAGAAACCUCACAACCAUGGCUACAAUCCUAGCACUCUUCCACUAAAGUAUCUGGAGGAGAACUACUGCAGAAACCCAGAUGGAGAUCCCCGACCAUGGUGCUUCACCACUAGCUCAUCCAAACGGUGGGACUUCUGCUCCAUACCGCGCUGCACUACUGAACCUCCCACCAUCAUCCCAGAGGUGGACUGUGUCACCAAUGAAGGUUUAGCAUACCGAGGAACAAUUGCUGUUACGGAGACUGGCAAAACGUGCCAGAGCUGGUCGGCUCAGACGCCACAAAUACACAACCGAACUCCACAAAACUAUCCCUGCAAAGGUCUAGACAAUAACUACUGUCGCAACCCUGACAAUGAAAGGAGGCCCUGGUGCUACACAACUGACCCUGACACUCGCUGGGAGUACUGCAAUGUGACACGGUGUGGGAAUGAAGCUGCACCAGAUGAUCCAGUGAUCCCCCCAGAUGCAGAAAACUGCUAUGAAGGGAAUGGUUUCAGUUAUCGGGGCAUAACAUCAGAGACCAUCAGUGGGAAAAAAUGUCAGAGAUGGAGCUCCAUGACUCCUCACAGACAUGAAAAAACUCCAGAGGCCUUCCCAAAUGC